CAUAUACGUGAGGUGUUCCUGAAAAUCGCUAAAGCGCAACACAAACUGCAGGACAUGGUGCUCCUUCUCCGCUCCGCUCACGUCACUGUGGUCGCGCCGCCCAACGAAAAGCCGGGUGAGACAGGCUCUAACUAUCGCGUGCAAUUGCGCAAUCGCUUCCAAGAUCUGCCGACCCAUACAACAACCCGCUUUGUGCCCUAGUCUCUGCAAGCAGAGAAAAUCCAGAGAAGCCUAUGGUCAACAAUCGGGGACAUGGAGCCUGAAGUGUCCGCAGAAGCCGGGGAAUAAAAAGCCCUUUCCACCCGUCCCGCCUUGUAGUCCUUAGUCGCGCAUCUUUCUCCCUGAGUGACCCAAAACCUCCCUCGCGAAGCCAGUCUUGUAUAGUCAGGAACGACAUCAAGUCUUCGCCGAACUAUCUGACCACAUCCAUCCCCGAAUUCUAUAUUCCUUGCAUAUUCUUUAGACAUGGCGAACGCACCCCAUGGCGGCGUCCUGAAGGACCUGAUCGCACGCGAUGCGCCCCGACGCAAGGAGCUAUUCGAAGAGGCUGAGAAGCUUCCGGCCAUUGUUCUGUCCGAGAGGCAGCUCUGCGACUUGGAGCUCAUCCUGAACGGUGGUUUUUCACCUCUGGAGGGUUUCAUGAACCAGAAGGACUACGACGGCGUAGUUUCCGACAACCGCCUCGCUGACGGCAACCUUUUCUCCAUUCCCAUCACACUCGACAUCUCGAAACAGACCAUCGAUGAGGUUGGCGUCAAGCAAGGCGCCCGCAUCGCUCUGCGCGACUUCCGCGACGACCGCAACCUCGCCAUCAUCACCGUCGACGAUGUCUACCAGCCGGACAAGGAGAAGGAGGCCCGGGAGGUCUUCGACAAGGACAACGACGUAGCACACCCCGCCAUCAAGUACCUCUACGAGACGGUCAAGGAGUACUACGUUGGCGGCAAGCUCGAGGCCAUCGACCGCCUGGAGCACUACGACUAUGUCGGCCUCCGAUACACGCCCGCGGAACUGCGUCUGCACUUCGACAAGCUUGGCUGGUCCAAGGUCGUCGCUUUCCAGACGAGGAACCCCAUGCACCGCGCUCACCGUGAGCUGACCGUCCGCGCUGCCCGCGCUCGCCAGGCCAACGUUCUCAUCCACCCCGUUGUUGGCCUGACCAAGCCCGGUGACAUUGACCACUUCACCCGUGUCCGUGUCUACCAGGCGCUGAUGCCCCGCUACCCCAACGGCAUGGCCGUCCUGGCUCUUCUGCCUUUGGCUAUGCGCAUGGCUGGUCCCCGUGAGGCCAUCUGGCACGCCAUCAUCCGCAAGAACCAUGGUGCGACCCACUUCAUUGUCGGCCGUGACCACGCUGGCCCAGGCAAGAACUCCAAGGGUGUCGACUUCUACGGUCCAUACGACGCCCAGGACGCGGUCGAGAAGUACAGGGACGAGCUCGGCAUCGAGGUUGUUCCCUUCCUCCAGAUGACCUACCUUCCCGACUCGGACGAGUACAAGCCCAAGAACGAGGUCGAGCAGGGCAUCAAGACCCUCGAUAUCUCCGGAACUGAGCUCCGCAAGCGCCUCCGAACCGGCCAGGAGAUUCCCGAAUGGUUCUCCUACCCUGAAGUCGUUCGCGUCCUUCGCGAAUCCCACCCUCCUCGCAGCCAACAGGGUUUCACUGUCUUCCUGACAGGUUACCAGAACUCCGGCAAGGACGCCAUCGCACGCGCUCUCAAUGUCACCCUAAACCAGCAGGGUGGCCGCUCCGUCUCGCUCCUUCUCGGUGACACCAUCCGCAGUGAGCUCUCCAGCGAGUUGGGCUUCAGCCGAUCCGACCGUGACAAGAACAUUGCCCGCAUCUCCUUUGUAGCCGCCGAGCUCACCAAGGCCGGUGCAGCAGCUAUCGUUGCGCCCAUUGCUCCUUUCGAGGACUCAAGAAAGGCAGCCCGCCAGACUGUAGAGCGAUACGGAUCCUUCUACCUGAUCCACGUUUCUACCCCGCUCGAGCAUGCGGAGAAGACCGACAAGCGGGGUGUAUACGCCAAGGCGCGCGCCGGUGAGAUCAAGGGUUUCACUGGUGUCGACGACCCAUACGAGGUGCCCGCCAACGCUGACCUGACUGUCGACCUGUCGACCACCAACGUCAGGACAGCUGUCCACCAGAUUGUCCUGCUCUUGGAGAGCCAGGGUCUUCUGACACAAUUGUAGGCAUGAAAAAAAGCGUUUGGGAGCAUUGUUGGAUUGAGUGAAAGAUUUUAACGAUUAUGAUUUGAUGGGUAUUGGAUCGACCUGGCUUAAUGUUGCCGGGUCUUGAGCGGCACAGUAUAGACGAUGGGUUACCUAGACACAAGGUUUAGACCAUGGGUUAUGAAUGGCAAUUUUGUUGCUUUCCUGAUUUCAAGAACGUGGCGUAUCAUAGUGAUGGAUGUUUGAUGUCGAUGUGAUGAUACGAUACUGUGCGUAAGAAACAGACACAACAUGC